AUGGAGAAUGAAAUUGAAGAAGUAAGCGAAGAUAUGGGAGAUGUUACAGUUGAUGAAUUAGAAGAUAUAGUAGAUCAAAUGGAACAAGAAAGUAUGCCAGCACCAAUCCAGUUAGAAGUACCAGAGGAUAUAACACCAACUAAGAGAAUAGCCGAAGAUGAUCACGAAAUACAGAAGAGAUUCUUCGAUUUAACUAAAAACGUAAUAACAGAAGAAGGAGAUGAUAGAUACAUAACAGUACAAAGUGGAAAGAAAAUAAGAAUAGCUGAUGAAGAUAGUACAGAAGAAGAAAGUGAAGAUGAUCCAGAUGCUCUAGUAAAUAACUGGAAUACAGGUAAUUUUAAUUAA